AUGAGGCGAUCCAGAGAGCAGGAGAGGACAGAGACAGGUGCUGCUAGAGCGAGACAGACGUCACUCUCGGAGUCCUUUGGUGCUGCAGACAGACACUAUCCAGCCCAGAAAGAAGGCAACGCUCUGGAAAAACACCCAUGCUAUCCUGACAUGUGUGAGCUCCUGAGAGAGCUUGAUGCCAUGGCAGCGAAACUCAAAGCCCUGAAAACUACAGUGAGGAAGAAUCAAAACCAGAUCACAGAACGGGACAAAGAGUUGGAUGCCAUGACAGAAAAACUCAGAGAUGUGGAAACCAGGCUGCAAGACAGUGAGAACCAGAUUCUUGAACUGAAAAACAAAGAACAAACCAAGGUGAUUUUCAGCGCAGCAGUCGGAGGACCGGACUCAGCGGUCGGACCUUUCAACACAGCCACAACUUUAAUCUACAGAACAGUGAUUACAAACAUCGGCAAUGCCUACAGUUCAGCCACAGGUAUCUUCACUGCUCCUGUUGCAGGUGUAUAUUACUUCACCUUCUUUUAUCAUGCUGACGGGAGACAUCGAGCAUUUCUUUUACUCUUCAAGAACUCUCAAAAGAUUGUUGACAGCAGCGAUCAUGCAUCAAGUUUUGAUAAGGCUGAUAAUGGAGGAAACGCUGUGAUCUUGCAACUGCAACAAGGAGAUCAGGUGUUUAUGCGUAUGGAACCAAAUACACAUGUUUGGGGAAAUCCUUGCGUUACAACAUUCAGUGGUUAUUUAAUCACUGCAAUGUAAGGAUCAAUACAAGGCUCUAUUAUCUUUGCCUUUCACAUGACCUUUAAAAUAAACU